UGCUGCGCUUCCUUGUUUACCGGCUUGUCAUGAGCAUCUGUGCUACUGAAAUACUCUUAAUUUCUGUUAAUGGUGCUUUCACUAGGCGUUAGAACACACUAUAUCAAUGUUAUCAGCGAGAUAAUACACAAAACAUACUAUCAUAUCAAAUCAUACAACAUAUUUGAAGGUAUAUGAUUGUGCCUGAUCGCUGUCCGCUCGUCUUUAGAGGAUUAAAGAGCGAUGAUGGCGUCCAGCUAUAACGCGAAGGAUGAGAAUGGCCAUCAUCCCGGAUCGGUGGACUCCAGCGGCCCGAGCGCCGUCAAAAGUAAAAAGUCCGAUAACACGGACUUUAAACAGCAGCGGUUACCCGCAUGGCAACCCAUCCUGACCGCCGGUACCGUCCUGCCAGCCUUUUUCAUGAUCGGACUCAUCUUCAUCCCCAUUGGCAUCGGACUAUUCGUCACCUCCAACAACAUCAAAGAGUUUGAGAUCGACUAUACUGGUGUUGACAUGUCCAGUCCCUGUUUCAACUGCUCGCAGAACUACAGCUGGAACAGCACAAGUGCCUGUACUUGUUCUGUGCCCUUCACUCUAGACCAGCCUUUUGAGAGUAAUGUUUUCAUGUAUUAUGGACUCUCCAACUUCUAUCAAAAUCAUAGACGUUACGUCAAAUCAAGGGAUGAUAGUCAGUUGAAUGGCGAUAAAAGCUCUUUACAGAAACCAAGUAAAGAGUGUGAGCCAUAUCAAACAAGUGAUAAGAAGCCCAUAGCUCCUUGUGGUGCUAUUGCUAACAGUCUCUUCAAUGAUACUUUGGAGCUGUUUUAUAUCCAUCCAAAUGGAAGCAGAAUAGCUAUUCAUCUGGGAAAGACUGGCAUCGCUUGGUGGACUGACAAACAUGUGAAGUUCAGAAACCCUGGAGGAAACGACAACAAUCUUUCUGUAGUGUUUCAAAAUACAAGCAAGCCUGUGAACUGGCGCAAGCAUGUAUAUGAACUGGACCCCACUGAUCCUGAGAACAAUGGCUUCAUAAAUGAGGAUUUCAUUGUAUGGAUGAGAACAGCUGCUCUCCCCACCUUCAGAAAACUCUAUCGCAUAAUUCAGAAGAAGAAGGUCAACAUGACCCCAACAUUACCACCAGGAAACUACAGCCUGGAAGUGACCUACAAUUACCCAGUGCGCAGCUUUGAUGGCCGCAAGCGAAUGAUCCUCAGCACGAUUUCCUGGAUGGGAGGGAAGAACCCUUUCCUGGGCAUCGCCUACAUCACGGUGGGCUCUGCGUGUUUCUUCCUGGGAGUGGUUCUGCUGAUCAUCCACCAUAAAUACGGCAACCGCAACAACAACACUGACAUUCCCAAUUAACACACCAUUGUCUACACCUAUACGCUGAUGUAAGAUAUACUGUACAAGCAUGAGAGUCACACAGUUACACUUUAACUUAUCUGUCGUAUCUCAUGCUGGAAGAUAUGUGUGCACAUAGGUAGCCAGAGGGACUACUUGCAAAUGUAUUUUUUAUGCACUGGAAUUUUAAUGAUCUAUUUAAGCAUUUAAUCCCUCCACACCAAAGCUUGUUAUUGAACUCAGUUGCUCUUUCUACAUAAAGUAUUGUGUGAUGAGGACAGUAUGAUGGUGCUAUGGAGCAACUUGACGAUGAUGUCAUACGGUGAAACUGUAUUUGGGUAUUAUUGCUGAUAGUAUGGUACAAUCAUAAAUCAUGAGUUUUUAAUUGAUUUUUUUUUUUUUUUAAAGGAGUCAUGACAUGCCUUUUUUAUUAUUUUAAUACGUUCCUUGAGAUUCAUAUAUAAUAUUAGUUUUUGCACACAAAAAAAAAAAAAAAAACUUGUAAAACAUGAUCAUUUUCCACCCUCAUUCUGAGCCUCUGUCAGAAACGCUCUGUUUUGGUGCUACUUCUCCUUUAAGACUUGACAGUAAACAUCCACUGUUCUGAAUGGCUCUCUGCUCUUGACUGACCAGCCAUCUCACUGCUCACCGAUACUUGGUGGGGCAGCAUAAGUGAUAAGGUAAAAUAGGCGUUGAUGAGGUGUUGUGGAUGCGGUCAGAUGCAUAUGUCUACCACAGUGUGACAUCCCUGACAUCAGAAAGUAGAGAACGAGUCGUUCUGGCAUUUUGGUUUCAACAAAUGCUGUUUUUGCAGUGAGGAGGAAGUUUUGAAGUCUGAAACUUACAGUAGGUUAUUAUAGUGCAAUGACCUCUUAUAUGUCAAAAGAUUAAGGAAAAUGUGAUUCCUCGUGUCAUGACCCCUUUACAAGGAUUACAUAUUUAUAAUUAGAUGUACAGUUUGACUCGAUCAAUCAGCAACAAUUGUCUGAAUGUAUUAUGUGAAAUGCUAAACAGUGAGUGUCCAGGUAUGAUGAUUAAAGCUUGUGUGUUCAUUUUUUUAGUUUACUAUAUGUAAUGUGUAGUUUAAAAAGAUAUGCGUGUUUAGUAUUUGUUAAAGGAAUAGUUCACCCAAAAAUGAAAAUUCUCUCAUCAUUUACUCACCCUCAUGCCAUCCUAGAUGUGUAUGACUUUCUUUCUUCAGCAGAACACAAAUGAAAAUUUUUAGAAGAAUUUAUCAGCUCUUUUGGACCUCACAAUAUAAGUGAAUGGGUGCCAGAAUUUUUAAGUUCCAAAAAUCACACAAGUCAGCAUAAAAGUAAGCCAUAAGACUCCAGUGGUUAAAUUAUUGUCUCCAGAAGCAAUUUGAGAGGUGUGGGUGAGAAGCAGAUCAAUAUUUAAGUCCAUUUUUACUAUAAAUUCUCCUCUCUGCUUAGUUAGGCUGCACUUCAACUUUCACAUUCUUCUUGUGUUUUAGGUUUCACAUUGUUUGUGCAUAUCGCCCCCUACUGGGCAGGAAGAAGAAUUUCAAGCAAAAAUGUACUUAAAUAUUUAUCUGUCUCACACCUACACCUAUAAAAUCACUUCAGAAGAUAUGGAUUUAACCACUGGAGUCAUAUGGAUUACUUUUAGGCAGCCUUUAUGUGAUUUUUAGAGUCUCAAAAUUUUUG